UUUGAAGCGUCGAACAGAUCAGAGAGAGCAAUCCGGUUUAAUUUGUCCUGGAGUCUCGUCAGCAAACGUGAGUGAAUUGAUGUGAAACGAUGGAGCCACACGAUAUGAUAGCUAUCACAGUGAAUCAGGGAACUUCUAUGAUAGACUGCAUUUUGUUUCAAAAGCCAACUCCUGAUGAUGUCAGCGCAACAGAUUCUUUCGCCUCGUUUGACCUGACCCAAGAUUGUCUGAACUCCAAGUCCAACCAAAUUCCCAAAUCAGCAUCCUCUGGACUUUCUUCAUGCACUGAAGAUGGAAACCAAAAAGACUCUGUGAAGGAGAAGUGUAUUUCAGCACAGGAGUCGGCAAACCAAAGAAACAUUGUGAACAAUCAGAACAAUGAACAGAUCAGAGGAGGAACACAGCAUGACAGUAGGCCUACAAUAUCCACCAACGCUGAAUUCAUACAGCUGGGAACAGACAUAGAUCCAAUACUGGCAUCAUGUUUUAUGUGUGAAAUGAGACAUUCCCAAGUCUACAGACAACUCUUUAUGAAGAAUCUUUGCACAUGGUGCUGUUCCUCCAAGAGAACUACAAAAGAACAGAAGAGGUCAACUGGUAUCAGGUUGGCUCUGCAUUUGAGACAGUCUAACUUAUUCAAAAUGGAGGCAGACAUUCGAUGGAGUGUGAAGAUGUUACCCCUGUGGCUUGCCCGUAUUGCCAUGGAAGAUUCCUUCUCCUGGCUGUCCACUCUAGGAGGAGCUUACUCUGCCCUAGGAGAUGACUUCCAGAAUUUUGCAGAGAAGGCAGGCAGAGUUUCUAUCCGUCAGAUGAAGCUAGCCUGUCAGAUUGGUGAUCCCAUCUUACUAGCUCGCUGCAGGGUCUAUAUGGCUCAGAGUCUCAUGCAAAAUGGUUACAUUCAACAUGCCAUGUUUAUUGUCAGGGCACAAUAUCGUUUUGCCAUAUCCCUUGGUGAGAACACGGACCAGCGUCUGAUUAACAUGUGCAGAGGUGUGUGGAGCAUCAUACAGUACAUCCAUAUACGGAAGAAGGAGAAACGCAGAAAGAAUGGGGUGGGACUACAUCGUGAACACGGCAAGGCCAGAUGACCCGCUGCACUAUGAGAUGUUUGUUCAGAGGUGGUUGUGUUGAUGUAUAACAGCUCUGAUUACUUUGACAGUUGAUUUGAUGUUGGUAUAUGCAAUGGUUGAAUACAUGUAUGUAAGUGCAAUUUUGUAGCCACAUCAAUAAUGUACAUCGAGAUGGUCUUUCUGGGUUUGAAUAGUAAAUACGUGGCUAGCGAGAAAAAUACUUUGUUGAGAUGGUGAGAGAUAUUGCCCAAUGCCAGCCCGAAAGUAUACAAAUUAUUUCCUACUUGGCUCUCAGUAGAUAAUUGCAUGUAUGUGUAGUUUGAAAUUACUUUGAAAUCAAGGGUAAUGUUUUUUUUGUCAUGAAAUGGUUGACUUGAAUACCUACUGACUGUUCAAAUGGUGAAAGUCUUUAUGAAAUGAUAUCAAUCAAAGCUCUUCUGGUUUUAGCAAACGUUAUCCAAAGUGUAUGGCCUAUCCAUAAUGCUGUAUUGUCUGCUGAGAGCGAGAAGGGCAUUAAGUCAUAUCAGAGUGCACUAAGUUGAUGCCUUUGUAGCUCUCAACACACAGUAUCUCACAUCCAGAUUAUGAUUAAGAAAGUAAUAAAAAGCUAGAAUAAGGCAACACAAUAAGAGAUUUCUUUGGAGAAAAUAUAGGAAUGAUUGGCAGCUCUAUUGUAUUUGAACAGGGAUGUAAACUAAGUUCAAUCAUGCGUACAGGCUUCCUGAUAUUCUUGCUUUUCUAUUAAGACAGGGAGUAUUUUAAAGGAUAAUACCCAAAGACAUAAUUGUGAUUACUGCUGUAUAAAUAUCUAUUAAUAAUUUAAUAUCUAAAUAUGAAAUGGGUUCCAAGAAUGUAGCCAAUAAGAAGUAUCGAAUGCCACAUGAAAACUUUUUGCCCCCUCAUAUACUCAUAGGGAAUCACGAUAAACCCAGGAUGUACUGAAUAUAAAGCAAUUCUGAUGCUCAUCAGCAGUUAAAUAUCUUGUCUUGAAUUACUUGAGUUACUUGAAUUGGCCACCUUUUGUGCAAAAAGCACAUUCUGGCUUCCUGAGCUAAAAUCGAUGGGUACAUCAGGCCAUGAGGCGAUGGCUGAUACCGAUUGGAUCAUCAUGUCUUACGUCAUAAUUGUCGGGCACAGCUCUGACAAUGCUCUAGCCCAUGUCCAUCUUUAUACCAUAUGGUCCUUCGUCGUUAGGGGCUGGAUUGACGUAAUGAAAUGUCGAUGCUCUGGCAUAAUCAUACACAAUAAGAAGUCUGACUUCACAGUCUUGAAGUGGUAGACGAUGAAGACCGAGUUCCAUUAAAUGGGGGAUGUCGUGAGCCGUCUCUGGUGUUGGUAUGUGCUCUCUGUUUGCAAGCAUAAUAUCUCUCGUGUAGGCAGGCGGGAUAUCAAUCCUGUAUCACUGUUAGGCCUAAAACGAAAUGUCCUGGGUUGGUUGGUCAGAUUGUUUCCCCCCCCCUCAAAACAGCGACCGUCGCCCCCAAAGCUUUAAAAAACCCGGGAACUUUGCCCAAAUCUCCCUGGUUUUUAGCGGUGCAGUGCAUGGUAUUCAAUUCAAAUUUUAUUGUCCAAUUAUUGGAAAUUUGUUUCGUUUGCAUGUCAAUACAAAAAAUUACAAAAAUCUUCUCUGGUAAACACACUUGCAAAGAACUCAUUCAGAACUUUAGCCUUCUCUUCGUUGUAACAUACUAACAUGGUUGCUACUGUUAGAUGCGUAUAUGAGAUAACUCAAAUAAGACAAGCAGAUGAAUCAAGUUUGAACUCAACAUGGUACUUUAUUCAGCUUUCAUUAUUCACGUGUAUUCUUAUGCUGCUGAAUCUAGCAGCUCAUUUCUGAUUCUGCAUUCUAUGGUAUCUUAGAAUACUACAUCCCUCCCCAUGUUAUUUGAAAACAUGCAUUACAAUGAGAAAGCAUAUUGUGACAUAAAACUGAAAUUAAAUCUUCUUUAAAUUUAACCAGAACAAUGUUUUCACUUGCUGUGUGAACUGUUUUCUUUCCUAUGUAACAUUUGUAUGUGUGGCAACGACUAUCAGGCGUAUUUCUCAUGAUCGCCCUAAUUGAAUGUGUGAAACUAUGUACACUUAUAUACACUAAGGAUCGAACACUUUGGAGACUUACUUUCAGAGUAAGUUUCUUCAGAUACAAAGUUUUCCUUAUCAACCCUGAACGACUUUGAAUGGUAUAACUUUAAAACUUUACAACAGCAUGCAGCCCUGAAAACAAACAUGGAUUGUGUUUGAAAACACAAGUCAAAAGUUAAACAUUUUGAAUAACUAAACACUAAAAUGGCUAAACUAUUGAAUACAAUGUAAACAGCCUAUUAUUAUAAAAUGGCUAAACAAUUGAAUACAAUGUAAACAGCUUAUUAUUAUAAGAUCACUUACACAUACUGUUGUAGUUUGUCAGUACGCCCAAA